CGAUAUCGGACUUGACGCGGCUGGUGGGAAAAGGCGUAGCUAGUAAACAUCACAGAAAACAAUCAGCGGACAUUACCGCCUGAAAACACCGACUUAUUAAAUACUAUCUCCGGUUCGUUUAGAGCUGUCGGUGCGGUCCGUUCUGCUGAAACCGUCCGGGACUGUCACAGCGACUGUCAGCGUCCACGAAUACACAACUGUCGGGGCGUUAGCCAGCUAGCUCGCUAGCAUAGCCACCUAGCCGCAUCAGCAGCCUGAGCUAGCAUUCACAUUAGCAUUAGCAUUAGACGACACAAAGAUGAUAGCGCUGAUCAACAAACUGCUGGACUGGUUCAAGGCGCUCUUCUGGAAGGAGGAGAUGGAGCUGACCCUGGUGGGGCUGCAGUACUCCGGGAAGACCACCUUCGUCAACGUGAUAGCGUCUGGCCAGUUCAGUGAAGACAUGAUUCCUACAGUCGGAUUCAACAUGAGGAAGAUCACUAAGGGCAACGUCACCAUCAAGUUGUGGGAUAUUGGAGGUCAGCCUCGCUUCAGGAGCAUGUGGGAGCGUUACUGUCGAGGAGUCAGCGCGAUCGUCUACAUGGUGGACGCAGCAGAUCCAGAGAAAAUCGAAGCCUCCAAGAAUGAACUCCACAACCUGCUGGACAAACCGCAGCUGCAGGGAAUUCCUGUUUUGGUCCUGGGUAAUAAGAGGGACCUCCCAGGAGCUCUGGAUGAGAAGGAGCUCAUAGAGAGGAUGAACCUGUCGGCCAUCCAGGACAGAGAGAUCUGCUGUUACUCCAUCUCCUGCAAGGAGAAAGACAACAUCGACAUCACUCUUCAGUGGUUGAUCCAACACUCCCGGACUAAGAGGAGUUCCUGAGAACAGACACGCCCCCCAACAGAACAGGCCACGCCCACCUGUCCUAACACACACACACUUGCUCUUUGAUCAAACCCCCCUCCCUCUUAAAAGAAAACUUUACUUCAUUACCCCUUAAUCCCAGUUCCAUCUCCCAUUCCCUGUACUAACACCUCCUCCUGUCCCCAGUUACCCCCCCACCCCACCCUAGGAUGCACUGAUACCUCAUUUUUAUUUAAUGAUUAAAUAAAGUCUGAGUCUAUAAAGCAGGUAGAUCAUGUCAGAAACCAAAACCAAAGCCUCCUGAUCAUCUUCCUGUUUCCUCUUGUAGACGAACGCCUCCAUCAGCUCAUGAAGGGGUUUUUAUAUGGUUAUUCACCACAAAUAUAUCAAAUCUUUUCUGGGAUUUCUCGCUGAUUUUAAACACAGAACUGCUGAUGAUUAAUCAGAUUUAUGAAAUCUAUGUCCUCUAACUUACUGAUGUUUUUCUUCAUAUUUAUGAGCUUAUGUGGCAGUGAAGUUUCAUCUUUUAAAGUGGAAAAAGCAACGAGAACCUUCUUCUCGGAGUGGAAAUCGCAUUAAAACAUACGGUACAGAAGUCUUCAGUACACCAGCACAGAAGCACAUACACUUUACAAAGUAUUUUUCUUGGGAAAUGGGAGGGUUUUGGCGAGAAUUUCCAGAAAAUGCUGCGGUCAUAUUUCCUGACAUUUAACCUGACUGAUGCUGCUCUACAAAGGGGUUUCACGGGCUACAUCUACAGCUUUAUUUGUACAGCAGGUAACGGCUCGUUUCACCCAAAUUACAGAAUUUAACUUAUCGGGAAAAUUUCCCCGCUAGAAAAAUACUCCUGAAAAACCAGUGUUUUUGUCAUCUGGGUGAAAGUUUAGUGAACAGAAACGUGGUUUCAGUGCAUCUUUAAGAUCCUCACAACAGCCUCCAGGAUAACUUGAAAUUUUAAAUUUAAAUAUUAUUAACAUAAGCUUAAAAAACAAGGACAUACAGACACACUUAGCAUUGUUAGCUGGUUAGCUGGAGCUUGUUGUGUGGAUCCAGUUUUCCCAUGAUCCUCUCCUCCCCCUCCUCCUCGACCUCCGUCACCUCUUAGCCAGUAACCACAAAUCUGCCUUCAUCAUUUCUUCUUUUUCCUCCUCUGUUGAUUCUCAUUCCUCCCUUUUCUCCUUCCUCUCUACCUCCACAUCAUCCAUCCAUCCACACCUCCAUUAUUUUACAUUUAUAUAAUCCUGAGAAGCCCCUCUUCCUCCCUCGUCUGUUGUAAACUGCUUGUCCUCCUCUGUUCCCUCUAUCCUUCCUUCCUUCCUUCCUUCCUUCCUUAUUUUUGGAUGUUAAACCUCCUUCCUCUCUCCUUUUGUCGCCAAGCCCCGCCCCUUUUUCGCCGUCUCUCUCGCUUUCCUGCCGAGCGAGGGAUCGAAAACCUUUUUAUUGCACUGUUGAUUUUUGGUUUUGUAAGAUAUUAAUAAUGAGAAUAAUGUUAAUAAUCUUCUUAUUGUGACAUAACCUGGUCUGUCCAGAUUUAAGGAAGUGGUACUCUAACUGGAGAAGGAGAGAUGUCGUUGUUUCUGUUCAUAUCUCUGUAAUAAGCUUUUUAUUUCUUAUAUGUUUUAUAUUAUUGUUUUUUAUUGGUUUCUUUUUUUUUUUUUUUUUGCUCUGGAUUUGAGCCGGAGUUCAGUGUUUUCUGCUCUGAGACGUCUGCUGAUUGGACCCGGGGUGUCACGUGAUCAAAUGCACCGUUCACACAUCAUGCCGGAUAAAAUGGAGCGAUUGUAAUUAAUUAAAACUCCCACAUAUUAAAUGUUUAUUUUAAAAUCCAA